AUGUAUAGACACUUUUCGCACCGCUUAAGCUUGGGGCUGAAAUCCCCGAUUGCGAAUGGCAGGAGGUCAAUAAUCACCGGUCCUACCAGAACCGGAUCCGGUGCAAGCUCACAAAGAAAGGUUGCAAAGGUGCCAUCUGCUGGGGAAGGCAAGAAGGAGUCCGGAUCUUGGAGGUCAAUAUUCGAUGCGUCUUUUGUGUUUAAUUUGUUCCUGGUUGUCGGUGCGAUGGGUGCCGGGUACACUCUUGGGAAGACGACGAUUCUCACUGCUCCUCCGGCAACGCUAUUUCCCGCCCAGUCGACGACGCCGUAUGCUACGAUGGCUGAGUAUGAGAAGGAGGACAAGGAGCGGGAAAGCAAGCAAUACGACAUGUUCAGAAGGUGCAUUUUACGGAUACUCGAGUCGAAGGGGAUCGAGGUCGACAUGAAGAACGGACAGAACGAGUCUCUCUACGAGCAGAAGUACUGCAGCAGGGACAUCUCAGAGAUCAUGAACGACGCAGACAGCUUGAGCAACGUGUUCUUUGGCCGGGACCCGAAGGAGUGGGAGGGGAAGCAGUUUGUGUGGUAUCCGCAGAACACACAGGACACGGCGACGAUCAUGAAAUACUGUGACGAGUUCAAGGUGCCUGUAUCGACAGGAACGUCCGGGAUCGAUCCCACUGGGUUGGGUUUCCAGAUCAACUUCCGGGACUUUGCGAUGGAGCAGCAGGACGGCGGCGACGUCUUGCGUUUUGGGCUGAAUGUGUCCGGGGAGGAUCUGAACCGGGCUCUGGGCGAGAAGGGGUUUGGCCAUUUCUCAAACCGCGGGCUGAGACCGCUCGACCUGUUUCUGCUGCACAGCGGCGUGAAGCUGUCUGACUCUGACGGCCGGCUCAUUGCUAACCGUUUCGACGCAGACGCCGUCGACGGUAUCGAGUGUGUGCUUCCGGAUGGCGAGGUGCUGGAGGUGCGCAACAGCAACGAGCUGCCGGACGACUACAAGCUCUACCGGUUCCUGGUACCAUUCCAGGAGCAGGUGUGUGUCAUAACGCGGGUUCUCUUUGCCCGCGAAAGACCGGCGUUGCCUGCCGGGAGGCCGGAGGAGCCGCUGACGAGUCUUGUCGUCGUCGGCUCUAACGACCUCGGCAGCCUCACCGGAGCCAUCCAGGACAUACGCCAGCGCGUCGGCGCCGGCAGGGCCAUUUCGCUCGUCGACAGUCAUGGGUGUGCCCGCGUCGCCGACACGUACGGGCCCUACGGGACGUUUGCCGUGCUCAAGGCCGGCGAGCAAGAGCUGGCGAAGCUGCGCAAGAAGCUCGGCGGCAGCGCCGACGUGUGUUUUCAGCAGCUUGACAUCGAUAGCAUCGCCACCCCCGCCGCAGCCGCAGUGUGCUACUUCAGCGCCAGCUCCCCUAGUGGCGACGACGGCGCCGCCGCCAGCGGCGCCGUGCUACUCGUCCAGGACGACGUUGCCGACGAGCACGGCGCCAUCCGCACGUAUCGUAACAAGACGCCGGCCGCCGAGAGCGAGGCCCUUGAUCGUGCUGGACCCUCAGUGAAACGCGACCUUCUUCGUAAGAUCAAGCUUGCCGUCGACAGCGGUCGGGUGCUCAACCGCAACGCCGGCAUCGCCGUGUCCCCUCCAGCUUCAUCUUCAACUUCAUGA